GAAACGCACCACACGUGUUUUAGCUGCAGAUUUUGAAGGUUACAGGAGAAGCGGCGGUUGGAUCUUCUGUCCGCAGCAGAGGGUCAGAGGAGCGGCGAGGGUUGCGGUUAGAGGCCGGGGCUGAGCAGCACGGAGACGGCGACAUGGACCCCAUGAAGGCGCAGCAGCUGGCGGCGGAGUUGGAGGUGGAGAUGAUGGCUGACAUGUACAACCGGAUGACAAACGCCUGCCACAGGAAGUGCGUCCCGCCACACUACAAGGAAGCGGAGCUGACGAAGGGAGAGUCGGUGUGCCUGGACCGCUGCGUGGCCAAGUAUCUGGACCUUCACGAGAGACUGGGACGUAAACUCACAGAGCUCUCCGUGCAGGAUGAGGAGAUGAUGAGGAAAGCGGCGGUGGGGAGCGGAUAGAGACUUUGAAGAAAACGGCGUCUGUGUAGAGAAAUGCAAGAGUUUGGGCUGGGAUGUGUGGGAUCUAACAGACUCAUGUCUUAAUAAGAGGGUGGGUAAAUAAAAAAAAAUGUUAAGUUAAAGGUUUUGAGGGUCCAUUAAGAUGAGAUUCCUACUCUUUUGCAUCAGAGGAUGACACGAACGGCAGAAGUAAUGGAGGAAAGUGGUUCUCCACAAGCUUCUCUGAAUUUGGUUUCUUCAGAUUUGCCUGAAGACCUCACCUGCAGAGAACCGCCUGGGAAGAAGGACAUUUUACGUUCAGUUUUACAGCUAAUUUCCAGCUUUCUCUGGUCCAGAACCAUUCAAGCUUCUGAGCUGUUACUGAUUAUGAGAUGAACUCAGUCAGCCUUUUCACAUGUUUUUCUGUUUCAAAAAAAAAAAAAAAGUAAGCUCCUAAGAUUGCAUAAGGUCGCAGACAUAGCCGGUCCAAGAUAUAAGUAACUUUAGCUGGUGCCUAGCACCUCCAGACCAGCAGGGGGCCCCAACAGGGCUUGUGUAUACAAGUCUCAAAAUUACAGAUUUGGAAAUAUAUUUAAGAGCAUACUUUUGUAUUUGGUUCCCAAAUCUUUGAAUUGGAAAAAAAA